AUUAAAUGGUUUUAUUUCUAACAAAAGGUGUGUUUACAUUUGCAUCAAUUCGCCUAUUUGCAGCUGUCAGUUUAAAAACAUCGAAAACAUCGCAUUGUCAUACCUAACCGCAUACACACAAUGCUUUUGGUUUGGUAGCAAGCAGCUGAUUGAAAGUGUUGUAUUUGAAAUGAUGGCACGAAAACUAACAAUUCUGUAUGGAAGUCAAACGGGAACCGCACAAGAUUUGGCCGAAUACGUUUGGCGUGAGUCGAAACGAUUCUAUUUUACGGGCACCGUGAUGCCAAUGGACAAAUACAAUAUUCAACUGUUACCAAACGAAGAGUUUGUUGUGUUUGUGAGCUCAACAACCGGUCAAGGCGAUGUACCGGAUAACAUGAAGUCAUUUUGGCGAUUUCUUUUGCGUAAGAGCCUACCGUCCGACUCUUUGAGCUCGGUUCAUUGUGCCGUUUUGGGUUUGGGUGAUUCUGGCUAUGAAAAAUUCAACUUUGUUGGUAAGCGUCUCAACAAACGAUUGCAACAGCUUGGCGCUAGCAUUUUGAUACCGAUCGGGCUAUGUGAUGAUCAACAUGAUUUGGGUCCAAGUGCUGUGUACGUUAAGUGGCUGAAUGAUUUGUGGAACGAGCUUCUGAUACAUGCUCCACUCCCAGACGGAUUAACUGCAUUGACUGAAUCGCCCAGACAAUUUCGGUGGAAUGUUGAUGUUGUAACGUCAUCUAGAACAAUCGAUUCGCAUCAAAAUGAAAACAUUUAUCAUAGCCACAGGGAUUCCAUUUUCGAUGAAACAACAUUUACAACCGCAGUAAUUGAUAACAAGCGAACAACGGCUGACCACCACUUUCAAGACGUACGAUUGAUAAGUUUCAAUAGUGAUAAUUUGCACUGGCAACCUGGUGAUGUUCUAGUGGUACGACCGCAAAAUUCCGAUGCCCAAGUCGAUGAGCUGUUUGAAAUUUUUAAAGAGUACGAUUUUGACUUUGGACCAAAUACCAUUAUUAAACUUAGUGAAAUUGAUGCGGAAAUGCCAGUACCUGAUUAUUUGAACAUUCCACUGCCAUUGAAAACUAUAGCGAAGCAACUAUGGGACUUGAAUGCAGUUCCUCGUCAACGUACAUUUAAAUUGCUUGCAUUGAAUUGUGACGAUGAAUUGGAAAAGGAAAAACUAUUGGAAUUUUCAUCGUCAGAAGGACAAGAUGACUUAUUCACCUAUGCGAAUCGACCCAGGCGCACUAUUUUGGAAGUGCUACGAGAUUUUCACAAAGCCGCUGCUAAGCUAAACCUUCGAAUGUUAUUCGAAGUUUUUCAGUUCAUAAAAAUGAGAUCAUUUUCAAUUGCUUCAUGUCCGGAGCACGGUACUCUGGAUUUGCUCGUGGCCGUCGUGCAGUACAAAACAAUGAUGGCAACACCAAGAUUGGGCUUAUGUUCGAAUUGGCUGAAGCAAUUAAAAUGUGGAGAUGAAAUUCAAGCCGUUAUCAAGAAAGGUACAUUCAAAAUUCCUACCGACUUGACGACGCCAAUUGUGAUGGUCGGUCCCGGAACUGGAUUGGCACCUUUUCGAUCGUUGCUACUUCAACGGCGGCACCAACUUAAAAAUCGAAUCAGUUCGCAACCGUUUCCGUUUACUCUAUUCUUCGGGUGUCGUGGCGAAAAAUUAGAUUUUCAUUGCAAAGAGGAUUUGCUGAAAAUGGAAGAAGAAAAGCUACUGAAACUCUUUACAGCAUUUUCAAGAGAUCAAGAUGACAAAAUCUACGUUCAACAUCGCAUCUCGGAGCAGAGUGAAUGGUUACGCGAGAAAAUAAUCCAUCAGAAUGGAUUCUUUUUAUUGGCUGGAAAUGCGAAAAAUAUGCCAGCAGCCGUGAAAAAAGCAUUCUCAGAUGCUUUGAAUGAUCCAGAUUAUGUACAGACAAUAAUUAGUUCUGGUCGAUAUCAAGAAGAAACAUGGGCCUAGGAGCAAAUUGAAAUUUUCAAAUAUCUACAAUAAAGACAUUAUUUUGUGUA